AUCGAUAUUAACUCUUGUUUGUUUCAUUUUACUCUUUUAGGUCACUUUAUUAGUUUCAACAAUGGAUUAUUUUCCAACCGUUUACGAUUAUUACACUAAAGGUGGUAUUAAAUCCGGGUUAAAAGCUGAAGGUAAUAACUUUGAGUUGAAUGGAAAAACAAUAACAAUUUAUAGUGGUGCGAUACAUUACUUUCGGGUACACCCUGAUUAUUGGUACGAUAGAUUAAGUAAAUUAAGAGCUGCAAGUUUGAUUUGCGUCGAAACAUACGUUCCAUGGAAUUUACACGAACCAAAACAGAACUUAUUUGAGUUUGGUACAUCAAAAACGGAUUUUCAAGAAUUUUGUAAUAUUGGAAAGUUCUUAGAAAUUGCAAAAGAAUUAGAUUUACUUGUUAUAAUCAGACCAGGGCCUUAUAUUUGUGCAGAAUGGGAGUUUGGUGGUUUACCACCAUGGCUUUUAGCUGGUUCAUUGCAAUCGUCUGAUAUUCGAACACAUUAUGUAGGAUUUAUGGAGAAGGUUGAAAAUUACUUUAAGAAGCUUUUCGAGGUUUUAUCUCCGUACCAAUUCACGAAUGGUGGCCCAAUUAUUGCGUUUCAAAUCGAAAACGAAUACGGAAAUGUUAAAGAGAAAAAUCAACCAAUUGACACUAAAUAUUUAGAAUUAUUAAAAGAAAUUUACCUUAAAAAUGGGAUAAAAGAAUUAUUAUUUACGUCCGAUACGCCAUCUAACGGCAAAGACGGUAGUUUACCUGACGUUUUAUAUACCGCCAAUUUUCAAAUUGAUGCUAAAAAAGAAUUGGAUAUUUUAAAAUCGUAUCAGCCCAAUAAACCGUGUAUGGUUAUGGAAUUUUGGACGGGUUGGUUCGAUCAUUGGGGUGAUAAACACGAAACUAGAAGAAACAUAGAUAUUUCGGAUACUUUACUUGAAAUUAUUCAGUAUCCAGCCUCAGUUAAUUUUUAUAUGUUUCAUGGGGGUACUAAUUGGGGAUUUAUGAACGGGGCGAAUGUUGAAAAUGAUGAAAACGAUAAUAGCAACAUUAAAUUAGAUACAACAAGUUACGAUUAUGACGCUCCAAUAGCCGAAAAUGGUGAUUAUGGCGAAAAAUAUUUUUCAAUCAAAGAAUUGAUCGAGAAAUACUCUAAAAUUAAUUUUAACACCCCACUAAUUCCCUUUUUACCAGGAAGAGUUGCUUAUGAUGAUAUUGAAAUAACUAAAUGUAUGGAUUUAGAUGAUUUAUUGCAAAACGUUUAUGAAAAAUAUAAUUAUGUUUCAACAACAUAUAUGGAAAAAUUAGGCCAAAAUUAUGGUUACAUCGUUUAUAGAAAAACAAAUUUAACAAUUCCCAAAGGUUCUGUUCUAAAGAUAUCCGGACAUGUUAGAGAUACAGUCAUGGUUUUAAUAAAUCAUCAAUUAAUUUCGCCAAAAUUAACCUCAAUGGACGAUUUAAAUCACUUUGGUUACUGGAAAUUAAAUAAUUCAACUUUAGAUCUUCCUGAAAUUACAAAUGCAGUCUUGGAUAUCGUCGUGGAAAAUUUUGGGCGAAUUAAUUAUGGUAAAUUGUAUCAAUUUAAUCAACAUAAAGGUAUGGAUGAAGAUCAAAUUUAUUUGGAUGUACGCCCGUUAAGAAAUUGGACGAUUUAUCCUUUAAAUUUCGCGAGGAGUUUCAACAAUUCUUUAAAUCCAACGAAAAAAUUGUUAACUGCUGAUGGACCGAAAUUAUACAAAGGAAUUUUAAACGUCGAUGAAAACAACAAGAAAGAUACUUAUAUUGAUAUGAGAGAUUGGACGAAAGGAAUUGUUAUUAUAAACGGUUUCGUUUUGGGGAGAUACUUUAAAUUUGGACCUCAAAAAACUUUGUAUUUACCUGCUCCAUUUUUAAAAAACGGAGAGAACGUCAUUUUAAUUUUCGAACAUUUUAGUGGUUCUAAUAAAAUAUCUUUUUGUAAGGAACCAAUUUUUCAAUAA